GCGCGGUGGAGCCCGCGGGGCUCGGCUGAGGCCCCGCGAUCCGCGUGGCACCCCGACGGCCGCGCCUGCGGGUGGCCCGCGCGACCUCCGUCGGCCGGCCUGGGCCGCCCCGCCCCCGGGCGCCGCCCCGAGCUCCGGCAGCGCGUGCUGGCCGCCGUCCCCUCGCUUCCCCGGCGCUCGUAGGUCUGUGCGAAGGACGCCGGCGAGGCCCGGAGCGGGGGCCGGAGCGGGGGCCGUCGCCGAGUUCCCGGUGGCUUUCCUUCGGGGGCAGCUGUCAGACUCCACGGCCUGGACGAGCGUCGGUGCCCCAGCGCGGCGGUCCCCGUUGAAGAACUAGCCCUCCAGUCAAUGAUUAGUUCAAGGAGAGGAGAUGAGAUGCUCUCUUCUCAACCUGCACCUGAACAGUCACAUGAUAUGCUGGUGCAUGUAGACAAUGAAGCAUCAAUCAACCAAACUGCACUGGAGUUGAGCACAAGGAGCCAUGUGCUCGAAGAGGAGGAGGAAGAGGAAGAGGACGAGGAAUCAGAUUCCUGAAGCAGGUGAAAUGCACAUCUGAACAGAGACAGGCAUGGGAAGGAGGCCUGAAAGCAACAUGGCACACCACUGGGCAGGGGACUCGCUCUUUGCUGCUUCCCAAAUAUUUAGACGCCAGCUGCGUGGGUCGGCGUGCUGGGCUGGUUAAGGCCAAUGGUGGAGCAGAGCCAACCUGCAAAAUCCACUUCUUCACCGUCAGAUCUCUUGAUGAAGGCAUGAACCUGUGUGAGGGAAACAGUUAAGUGUCAAAAAACCAAAAGGAAAGUUCAAGAGUCCUGGGUCUAGAGCUUUGCUCAGGAGGAACUCCUGGAGCCUGUCCUGGGGUAGCCAUAGGGGGCCAUGAAAAUGGCCAGCUCCUGCCAAAAGAACGUACGCUCUUCCACUGUGACCUGCGGGUGGCAGCUCUACCCUCGGGGCCUCUGGGUGGCGGCUAGGAGAAACGAAGUAACAGAUGGGCUUCCUUCCCUCAGCCUGUCCUUUACACUGAGGGGCAGAGGCUGAUGUUUGGGAUCCUGCAGCCCCAGGGUUGGUCAAGGUGGUGCAGGGAAUGGGCACGGGGAGUCCUGGGCAGAUGACACAACAAAGUAAUAAAUGGGAAAUAAGUGGACUUAC